AUAAAAAUAUAAGGAAAGUUUGGAAUAUGUGCCAGACUUCAAUUAUGUAAAGCUUACGACAGCAAAUGGCUCGGUCACAUUUGGAGUACAAAUUGAGCUUAUCCUUUCUGGGUUUUCAAGAUAAGAAUCAAGCAGUGCAUAUCUCAUCUGGGUUUUCCUUGGUAACAGUGAUAAAGAGAGAAAAUGUUGGAAGGAAAAGCUAUGAUAGAGGAUACUGAUAUGCCUUUGAAGAUGCAGAUCCAAGCUAUGGCUUCUGCUUCUCAUUCUCUUGAUUUAUUUGAUGUCUCUGAUUGCAAAUCCAUUGCUGCUCACAUCAAAAAGGAUUUUGACAAGAGAUAUGGAGGAGGAUGGCAAUGUGUGGUGGGUUCAAAUUUUGGUUGUUUCUUCACUCAUUCAAAAGGAACCUUCAUCUACUUCACACUUGAGACACUCAAAUUCCUCAUCUUCAAAGGGGCUGUCUCUUCUUAACGUCAGAAAGAAACAAGGGUUUAUUUGAAACAAAAAAGGGCAAUUACUCUUUUCCAUCAUGUCAUUUUCUUUCUAGGUUUUUAUUGUCAUCUCACUUUAUUUUAUGAGGCGACGAAUAGAAGUUCAGUAUUUUCAGUCUUGAGAGCUGAUGCAAGGUUGUUUUUGGUAUUUUUCCUUGCUGUGGUUUAAGACAAUUAUAUCUGCCCAACUUUUGUAUAUAUUAGUAGUACUAAUGUACUAUCCUGAUGCUUUACUGCAUUAUCUGUCUUCAUACUCUGAAUCUUCAUCAUUAUUGUUAAUUACUAUCUAUUUGUGUCUCA